AACCUGGUUGUUUCGCAGCCGUUCAAGUCACCCUCAUAAAAUCUCUUCCCCAAAGUGACCGAGUCCAUCAUGGGUGCUAGCAAAUACGAUGCACACACUUUCAAGGUGGCAGCCGUGGUCGUCUUCUACAUGUCCGCUGCGUUAGUGAUGGUUUUCGUAAACAAGGCGGUUCUCAUUGGAUCCCCCGACUUACCUUUACUUUUCCUUUUCCUUCAACUGAUCAUUGCCGUAUUUCUUUUGCACAUAGCUGCACUUGUGACCGACCGGGUCGAAAUACCAGAAUGGGAUCUGGAGGCCGCCAAGAAACUCGCCCCCGUUGUCCUCGUUAAUAUCGUUGGUCUCGUAUUCAAUACGCUUUGCCUUCGUGAUGUCGACGCUUCAUUCUUCCAGAUCGCAAGAGGACUUGUCUUACCUCUCACAAUUCUGGUAUCUUCCCUCCAUACACGCUCCAAGCCUUCCAUCCGGGUCAUUUUUGCUACUGUAAUUGUCACUUGUGGUUUUUUGCUGGGUGUGUCUCCAUCUUCCGGAAUCCCAGCGGGCGCCGCGCCCUCAAACCUAUCGCUCUUCUACGGGUUUUUCUCAUCACUAUUCAUCGCGUUCCACGCUGUGCUCAUCAAAAUGUCGCUACCUUACUGUGCUAAUUCCACCAUACAGCUUGCAUAUUGGACCAACGCAGGGUCUGCUAUUUUUCUCUUCCCCUUUGUCUUCUUGACCGGAGAGCCACAUAAACUUGAAGAUCUCAUUCAUGACUCCACUUGGGAUGGGCAUGUGUUCAUCUGGGGAAGCUUCGUUACAGGGGUAUUCGGUUUCCUUCUCUGCAUUGCGGGCCUGCUGAGCAUCAAGAUUACGAGUCCCAUCACACACAUGUUCUCCAGUGCUGCUCGAUCUGUACUUCAGACCCUGCUUGGCAUGUGGAUUUUCAAAGAUAUAAUGACUGUAAACCGAGCAUCAUCCAUUGGGACGAUUCUUUUAGGAGCGAUGUAUUACACCUGGGUCAAGUCCGUUGAAACGGCGCCCCCUCCCCGACGGGAUAUAGAUCUGGAAGCCGUUGGAAAUGGCAAUCGGCCAGAAGAUUCUGACAGGGACAUGGAAGUUGCUUUCGAGGCUGAGAAAGAACUUAAGGAGUAAAUGGACUCGAUAGUGUUCGGCAGGCGUCUGCCUCAUGUUCGUCCAAAUUUAGAACUGCAGCAUAUAAUGGGUAUUUAAUCAAGAUUUCGAUGACGAGGUUGUCGGGUCAUGGAUAAAUCACGGAAUCUUGUUUGUAAUCGAGGAUAGAAAUUGUAAUGGAUAUCGAGAGUAAUACUGCAGUAGGUUAGGAUGACUGGAAGCGAAGCGAAUCAUACUUGUAACUCCUAUAAUUGCUGAUAGGUCAGUUACU